CAUUUUGAAGGAGAUUCGCUGUACUGGUUAUGAAUAUAUCAGGAGUGAACAUGAUUUUUGAAGACCAAUUUGUUGCAAGAAGGUGCUUCCGAUUAAAUGUGUAGAUUUGUCUGUAAAGUUGAAAAUGUAGAAAACAAAUUUGCCUUAGAAACGCCGGCUUCAGCAAAGAGCCUCAGAUAUGAACAGCUCCCGGCCAAAUUGUCAGCGUUCCUUCAGAGAUGCAGCCGUGAGCCAAACGGAAGCACACGCCCUCCUCCCCCUCGACCCCUCGGGGCGGGUGAGUAUUUGUCCUGUAGAAGGAGCUCAGAGAUAAAGGCCUGUAGGCUGGAGGAGGAGAUGUCACUUGUCGCCGGGACUCUGUGGCUGGCUGAAGUCACUCCAGAAUGGACAAUGCCCUUUACUGUGUCCGGGCCAAAGUGAGAUUGGCCUGUCAGUGCUGCAGGGGACGCCAAGCAGAAACACGGAAUCCAGAGCAAGCUCACAAUUCCUCGGCGUGGUGGAGACCCUGGAUGAUGACAGCUCGAGACGCGGAAAAGCAGAGGCCGAGUUCGCGUGGUUGUGAGAGUCCCUCUGAAACCAGGCGACCCUUGGGAUUUAAACACCCAGUCAGACUGUACCUACCCAGAUCCAAAGCUGAACAUUAUCUACACCAUAUGGGCGAGAAGGUUCUAGCCAGCUUCCCUGUGCAGGCAACAAUUCAUUUCUACAACGACGAUUCUGAUACAGAGGAAGAAGAGGAGGAGGACGACGAGCUCAUGUCCUGUGGCUCAGAAUCAGAAAAUACCGCGGAAACAGAGCGGUUGUUUUGGAAACAGUGAAAAGAGACAGAGAAGGAGAUGAAUCAGCUUCAAAGCGGAAAAAUCUAGCCUUCAGAAAGGUGAUACGACCACAACAAAACUAAAGGCCAACUCCCUGCUUUCAUUUGUAACUAACUCAGUUAGGUAUUUGUAUACCACAGCAAUCCAAUGACACGUUUGCACUGUGGUGUGUGUGUGUGUGUAUGUAUCUGAAUAUAUUUUAUACGAUUUAUUUUAUUACUUUAAGAACUUUAACAUAUGAACUUUUCACAUAGGGAUAGAAUUUAAUCCAGAGUACCUCGCAAGCAGGGACUUUCUAAAUCAAAGUAUUAUAUGACACCAGUCUUAAAAUAACUUGUUAGCUGGUACUGUAUAACAUUAUAUGUGUAUAUCAGUGCCUGUAGGUGGUGCAAUGACACACACAGUCCUUUUACAGCAAGGGUCUGGGUUUGAAUCUUGCACAGACAACAGAAUCUCUGGAAAUUUACAAUAAAAUUAUAGCAUUGGUA